CAGAAAUGUCAAAUUCAUAUAACCUCAGAAUUUAGAAAUGUUUGUGGGGGUUAUUUUGUCUAAAUUUACUCACUUGCAUUUCUGUUUUUCGCGUAAUGAUUUACACGUAAUUUUUUAAAUAAUUAUUUAUGUAAUGUCACAGAAGGGCUUAUCUUCUGCGAGACAACGUCCCAGAGCACGCCCUUCCAUACACCGGUCCAGUUCCGAUAUGGACGUAUCCACAAGUCCAAGAAAUUUACGUAAACGGUAUAACCCUGAAAGUAGUGCUUCUUCAGCCGAAUUUAUCGGACUGGAGACUAGUUGGGGCUCAAACAAGUCAAGUAGACCUGACUCGAGUUUGAGUAAAACGUUUGAGGAUAGUUAUCGACGAAAGCAAGAGGAAAGUUCCGAAAGUGAGGAUGUUAGCGAUUCAGAAGACGCAAGGGAAAAGUCGAAAGACUCUCUUACGUAUAACAAAAAAAGACCAGAAUUAGUUAAAGCAAAAACAACACUAAAAGAGGCAAAUAAUUAUGGGUUGAGCCGUACUUAUAUGGCCCUAAUUUCGGUUUUUUUAUCACUUGGGGUGGUGUUGGUGUGGUGUGGUUCUGUGCCAGAACUUCCAGCAACAAAAAUGAGUAUCCAUUUAAUUCAAGAAAAAUUUCCUACUCAAAAUGACGACAUUUGGCUGGCUUUUGAGUCAGGUGUUAAUGACGUAAUCACGAGGAACAGGCCUUCGACUUUUAUUUUUUUGUACCAAGAGGAAGCUGAAGGCACUUUGAGGAAACUCUUGGAGCAACUGUCUAAGUAUGCCCUUUGUAACAUCAGGGACUGUUCGAAAAAACCUAUAGUUUUAUCAGACUCUGAGUUAAAUUCUCCUCAAGUCGUGAGUGACUAUGGCAGUCUGAUUGAGAAAUACAGAGACAGAUUGAGCGAAAAUGGGGUCAUGAUCGUCAAAAACCUUGAAAAUGUGCGAGGAGUGUCAGCACAAGCGUUCCAUACGUUUUGUGACGAGUUCACGCCUUUGGUUGAGAAGUCUCUUUUUAUUUUUACAAUGAAGGUGAAGGAACUUCCCCGCGCCGGCAGUAUGAAAUUUGUGGAUGAGUACUUUAGGAACAAGUGGACUGAUAUCAAAAUUGACACCUUUAAUGCCUUAAUUACCCGAAUUACGAGCAUGGUCGUUGAAGUUAUGCCAUAAUGUGAUUGUAAUGUUUGUAUCAUUGGAAAUUAAAUUAUGUCUGUUUUUUA